AUGUUGUACAGGGGCGACGUGGUCCCGAAAGAUGUCAACGCGGCCAUUGCCACCAUCAAGACCAAGCGCACCAUCCAGUUUGUGGAUUGGUGCCCGACUGGAUUUAAGGUGGGCAUCAACUACCAGCCCCCCACGGUUGUGCCCGGGGGAGACCUGGCCAAGGUGCAGCGGGCAGUGUGCAUGCUGAGCAACACCACCGCCAUCGCCGAGGCCUGGGCCCGCCUGGACCAUAAGUUCGAUCUCAUGUACGCAAAGCGAGCCUUUGUGCACUGGUACGUGGGGGAAGGCAUGGAGGAAGGAGAGUUCUCUGAGGCCCGGGAGGACCUGGCGGCGCUGGAGAAGGACUACGAAGAGGUGGGCGUGGACUCCGUGGAAGCCGAGGCCGAAGAAGGGGAAGAAUACUGAGUGGGAGAGUGUGGCUGGCAGCCCUCCCUUUGUGUCC